UAUCAGUCGUGUGCUGUAAAGCUCUCCUUUUCUUGUUUUGUCUCUCAGUUCGUGGGCAUCCUAUGACUCUAAUUAGUUUUAAGUUUAAUGUUUAACCAAUGAAUAAAUAUUCGGAUUUGCAGGCAGCCAUUGAAAGAGCUUAAACACCAACAUUAACGCGUCUUUCAAUUCUACUUUGUUUUUCAUCUUUUCAUUAACCUUUCUAAUUAAACCCUUUCUCUCUAUUUAUUUUAGCUCAGGAAUCAAAUGAAUCGUUUCAUUAACCUUGUGUUCUUUCUCUCAGUUUCUCUUAGUUCCUGUUUGUUUCCUGGUACAGCAUCAGUUAAACUAAGACGAAAUUACUACCACAAAACUUGCCCCAAUGUAGAAAACAUUGUUAGAGCUGCUGUCACCAAGAAAUUCCAACAAACUUUUGUCACAGCUCCUGCAACAAUCCGUCUCUUCUUCCAUGAUUGCUUUGUCCAGGGUUGCGAUGCUUCGAUAAUGAUAGCUUCCUCCGAUGGGAGCAAAGCGGAAAAAGAUCACCCCGAUAACCUGUCGUUAGCCGGAGAUGGAUUUGACACCGUAAUCAAAGCCAAAGAAGCAGUGGAUGCGGUUCCAAGUUGCAGAAACAAAGUGUCUUGUGCUGAUAUCUUGGCAAUGGCUACCCGGGAUGUUAUAGCACUGGCAGGUGGACCAUCUUAUGAGGUUGAAUUGGGGAGAUUGGAUGGGUUAAGUUCAACAGCUGGUAGUGUUGAUGGAAAGCUGCCUCAACCCUUUUUCAACUUGAACCAGCUCAAUUCUCUAUUUGCUGCAAAUGGACUCACCCAAAAAAAUAUGAUUGCUCUUUCAGCGGCACACACCGUUGGAUUCUCUCAUUGCAGCAAGUUUGCAAACCGAAUACACAAUUUCAGCCGUGAAACUGCAGUGGACCCUGCACUGAACCAGGGCUACGCCGCUCAACUUCGAGGAAUGUGCCCCAAAAACGUGGACACCAGGAUCGCCAUCGACAUGGACCCCAAAACACCCAGGAAAUUCGACAAUGUGUACUUCCAGAACCUGAAGAAAGGCAAGGGUUUGUUUAGCUCGGACCAGGUUUUAUUCCAUGACCCAAGGUCUAAACCUACUGUCAACAACUGGGCCAACGACUCUCAUGCUUUUAAACGAGCCUUUAUUGCUGCCAUUACUAAGCUGGGAAGGGUUGGGGUUAAGACUGGGAAGAAUGGUAACAUUCGUAGAAACUGUGCUGCUUUUAACUGAGAGAAGUUCCUCAUGUUUCUUGCCUUCGGAUUUUGAAUCAUGUUCUGUUUUAUGGCGAGAUUGGUCGGGUUUUUAUUUAUUACUAUUGUUACAAGGGUGACGACAAAGUUGUUUGAAGCUAAGAUUGGAUGUAAGAACAUAUCCUUAGUGCAAGAGACUGCAAUCUUGGAUUAUGCUUCAA